GGGGAAGAUGUCGGAGCGGGCGGGAAGCGGGGUGGCGGCCGCAGCUGCCGUCGCAGCGAGUGAGAAGCGGCGGCAGCAGCUGCAGCGCUGGAAGGGCUCGUGUACCGAUCUGGAGGCGGGCGAGCCGCGGUGGCGGGCGAGGCCUGGAGCGGGAGCGGGAGCGGGAGCGGGAGCGGGAGCGCCGCGGCGGGUGCGGUUCGAGGCGGCGGCGGAGUUCCUAGCGGCCUGUGCGAGCGGUGACGCGCUGGACGCCGAGGAGAUGCUGCGCGGCGGCGCUGACGUCGACUGCGCCAACACGGACGGCAUCAGCGCCCUGCACCAGGCUUGCAUUGAUGAGAACCUGGAGAUGGUGGAGUUCCUGCUGAGACAGAAUGCCAACGUUGACCAGUCUGAUAACGAGGGCUGGACACCGCUCCACGUGGCCGUUUCUUGCGGCUACUCCGAAAUCGUCGAAUGUUUAAUCAACCAUGCGGCCAGCAUUGCUGCAGUGAACAGCGAUGGCCAGUUGCCAAUUGACCUUGCGGAGGAGAACUACAUGGAGAACCUACUGCAGGCUGAGAUUACUAAGCAGGGGAUCGAUGUGGAAUCGGCGAGGCGUGAAGAAGAGGACUUGUUGCUGCAACAUGCCCGGCAGUGGCUAAAUAGCGGCAAGAUUGAAGACAUAUCUCACCCGAAAACUGGUGCCAACGCUCUCCACGUUGCUGCGGCCAAAGGCUACAUAGAAGUGAUGAGGCUGCUCCUCCAGGCUGGCUUCAGUGUGGCUGCACGGGACAAGGAUGGCUGGACACCACUGCAUGCCGCUGCACACUGGGGCAUGGAGGAUUCUUGCAAGCUCCUCGUCGAGCACUUCUGUGACAUGGAAGCCGUUAAUAACUCGGGUCAGACACCGUUUGAUGUUGCAGAUGAAGAUAUUUUGAGUUUACUGGAGGACCUGCAGAAGAAACAGGACGAUCUGAGGACUGAGAAAGAAGAAAAGAUGAAGCGUGCCAUCAUCGAAACAUCCACACAGCCGCAGCAACCGUCAACCAAGCCAAGAAAGAGUUCAGUCUGCCGGAUGAGUAGCAGGGAAAAGAUUUCUGUGCAGGACCUGUCAAAGGAACGCAAAACCUUGGAGACGUUGUCAUUGGAUGAAAGCAAGAAAGAAGAAUCCAGCAGUUCCAGUUCGGAGACUGAAGAUGUUUCCGAUUCUGACUCUGAAUGUGAAACCGAAAAGAAGAGAUCUUCCCUCAACGAUGCCAGCAACGUAAAUGGGACUGAAGUCUUGCCCCGCGUUCCUGCCGUUACUCUGGCACCAUCCGGUCUCAAGUAUUCUGGUCCGUCAGCAAAGCAUUUGGUCAACCAAGAUGCCCCUCCUGCUUGGCAGACAGAACUUCGGAAAACCAGCAGUUUUGUGGCAUUGCAGGAUGCACAGAUCACCUCGGACAAGACGCCACUGACCUGCAUCCGGCGCUCAUCUUCCACUCCACGGUUGGGGGCUCAGUGGAAGGGCAAAGAUGUGGCGGAACCGCGGCUGGCUCGAGUGCCUCCAACACCAAUCGGGCGAUCGCUGAGUGUGCCUGAGACUUGUGCUGAACAGCCAGUGAGCUCUACAUACCAGAAAGUGAAAGACCCAAACUAACAAGGAGAAACCACUGCUCCGACUAGCAACGUCGACUUUAAAGAGAGGCGCAAAUUGUACCUCACCCCGGUACGUGACGAGGAGUCGGAAUCGCAGAGGAAGGCUCGCUCGCGACAUGCCCGACAGUCCCGGCGAUCGACACAGGGGGUCACACUGACAGAUCUAAAGGAGGCUGAGAAGACCCUUGGUAUGUCUACUGAGAAGAAAACCCAAGAGCAACUGGAAAGGAGAGAAGAAGUGAAGGAGAAUGAGGGCAAGAAGGAAAGGAGUUCAUUGAGUGAGGACAAGGAUGCGGCCAGUCGGCUGAGACCCGUCACCACGGGCGUUGGUAGCUCUGGCUCGGCGCUUGCUCCUACACACUCCAGAUAUUCUACUCCGACAGUUUCAUUUCAGGACGCCGAUACAGGCGCGGAGUUGGAAAGUGACAGACGGGAAGAGGGAGACGCGGACUACAAUAGUCGGAACCGGCUGUCUGUGCGAGACCGGCGGAAAGCCAGGAAAGAGCGCAGGUUUACCGGCAAGGCAGAUUCCACAGAGGAGGAGGAUGGCACGGAGCAGAUGAACAGCUUGGAUACCCCAACACACAGCUCGCUUCCAGCUGACCAGAUGGGUGAUUGGAUUGAGAGCAGAGUCGGGAUUCAUUCCCUGCACAGUACAGGGGCCAGAGCAGACAGUAAUGGGGACUUCAGGAAGAUGUACGAGAUGGUGUUGUCGGAGAAUGUCGGGCUCAAGGAGCAGCUACGAGAUGCACAGUAUUACCUCUCACAGGCCAACCGUGAGCUGGAGAGGGUGAUGAAGAGGCAGCAACGUGGAGACCAGCCUGCACGGCUGGAGCUGGAGAGAUUUGAACGAAGGGCGUUUGAAAGAAGGACAGCUGAACUGGAGGAGAGGCUAAAGAUCUUGACGGACCUGAAGGUGGACAACCAGAGGCUGAAGGAUGAGAACGCCGCACUGAUCCGCGUCAUCAGCCGGCUGUCCAAGUAGUACCGGUGGGAAGUAGCGGCGGUGAGAAGGAGGAUGCCAGCCCAGUUACUGCAGCUGACUGGAGGUCUGCUUCAAAGGGCAGUGUGCUCGAUGCCAAGUACUUGUCCACAGCAAAUGUGGGUUACUGUUGGUGGGGGAAUGACAAGCAGAAGGAUCAGCGGGGGGGUCAGACAAACAGGUGAACAAGAUGUAUGUAAAACAGUGAGAGCUCCACCCUUCUGUCCCCUGUUACUUCAUUUCACACCCACUUUGUGUGUGAUUUCUUUAUCGGACCUACGUACGUCCAGAAAUUAUAUUUGUUUUUUUUUCUUUUGUAAAUUGUAAUUGUUCCACCAUGUACUGGUCAGCCAGGGUAUGUGGUCCUCUCUCCUUUCAUUACAGGACUGUGGGCAUUUGGAGCUCACCACUGCCCCCCCCUCCCCCACCGCUCCCUCCAAUCCACAAACUUCCCUCGCAAUCUUUAUAUCCUCUUAAACAUUCCUAAGUUGCAAUUCUAUUAACAAUCGCUGUACAGAAUGUAAAAAAAAAAAGAUGUCUGUGUGCAGACUUUUUAAAGAUAUAAAUGCAGUAUUAAAACUGAGAGGUUACUGUGAAUGUUAACAAUUUCAAUUUUAAACUGGGGACAUUUAUUUUUCCGAUUUAAGGUUGUUUGGGCCAGAACAGAACGAAAUGUCAAAUCCUAAUAACAUGGUCCUUGUUUAGGAUAGUCUGUCUGUGUGAUAUCAGGGGAGAAAAUGUGGAUUGGUUUAGUUCAAGUCCGUUUGCCCUCCAGUUUGAAGGCUCAUUCAGCUCCUUGCUUCUAUUCAAAGAUUGCAGUGAUUGCAAAGAUUACAGUGGCGUGCGUCUGUAUUGUGAUGUAGAUGUCCUUGGGACAACGAGUUGGCUCUGAAAACAGCAUGCACUGAUUAACGUGGAAGGUCCAUGACUCUGCUCCUUGAAGGUCCUCCCGGCCUCUAGUCUCAGUGGCGGAAACAUCUAUCAUCGUGGUAUUGAGCUAAACCCAGGAGACUUUUCCUUCUGAUACACUUUGAUCGGCUUGGAACCCAAUCAAUACUGGACACCGAGUACUGGUGUAACUCAGCAGGUCGUGCAACAUCUCUGGAGAACAAGGAUAGGUGGCAUUUUGGGUUGCGAUCCUUCAGUCUGAAGAAGGGUCCCAAUCCGAAACAUCUCCGGAGAUGCUGCCUGAUCUGCUGAGUUACUCCAGCACUUUGUGUCCUUUAUUGUAAGCCAGCAUCUGCAGUUCCUUGUUUCCACAUCUCAAUGCUCAAUGAUUUUCAGUGCUUGCAAGUAAUGACAAUGACCUGAAUUUUUUUUAAAUAUGUCCCUAUUUUACUGAAAAUAUACAGUGGCAUUUAUGGGGAUAAUUAUGGGUGUUAUUUCAGCAAGUAAUGAGUUUCGAGUACAAAAGAGAUUAGCAGGAUGCUGACUGAUUCCUUGUUCCAACAGCAGCUUUUUUUGUUUGCUGAUGAGUUUAAAAUCCAAGGCCUGCAAACUUUAGCCGCAAAGUGGUUGUAGAUCAAGGUGCAGGCUAGGUGUGGCCACUGUUGGCUGAACACUUUGAGCCUGUAUUACAUCUCCUGUGUGCGUGUGAUACAGACAGCAAACAGGGAAGGUGAUUGGGCAGCAAACAGAAACAUGAGCACUCAUUUGUCCUGAUAUUUGGGGCAAGUUUCCAAAUCACAAAUCCUGCAGAUGCUGGAACUCUGAGCUAAAGAUGAUGAAAAUAUGUGUAGAGAGAGAAUUUCGAGUCCCGACUCCAUAAACCCACCCUGCAAGUGAAUGUCACCUUUCAGUAUCAUUUUUAUUUAAAGAAUUAGCCUGCUGGCACCCAGUGUCUUCUGAUUCUUUGAUUUAAUUUCUGUCCCUAUUGUGAAUUCAGAAGAAUGAAAGUUAUGGUGAUGUUAUCUGGGACUCUUUCACCCUGAAACUUUGCUUUUAUCCUCUACUGUUUUCAUUUUGCCUCCUGUAUAUUCUCAAGUGAGGCACUCCUGAUUAAUGAAACCAUUAUUAAAGUUGGGAACAUGACAUUGUUUCCCUGGGCUUAGCUUGCCUUUAGUCGACUAAUUCUCCUGUUAAAUUGGUCUUGGUUUCUGGAAGCAAAGUUGUGUUUUGGACAAAUAGUUUGCUGAACUUUUCCUGUGCUCUGAAGCUACUCUCUCCCAUGGGGGGAGUUGUGGCAUGGUGGUCUGUCCGGGGUCUGCAGGCCUGGAUGUACACGCCUGGGAGUGUAGGCUGGGGUCUACAGGCCGGGUGUACAGGCCAGGCGAGAGUGGGACAAGGACAUGUACCUAACACAUGGCCCAUUCUACUGACCACAGUCAGGGUGUGACAGGGCUGAUAGUCAUCCUGAAGACCCCUCCCAUGAUGCUAUCUCCCAUCCCCUCCCCCCCCAGCAGACUAGGCAGGUGGAGAUCUUGGCUUGCUCACUAGAUACCACCACGUUCACAGGUUAUAAUAGAAUGAGUCCAUUCGACCCAUCGAGUCCACUCUGCCAUUCAAUCAUAGCUGAUCACUCCCUCUUCACCCCAUUCUCCUGCCUUCUCCCCAUAACCCUUGACACCUGUACUAAUCAAGAAUCCAUAUCUCUGCCUUAACAUUUUCCAUUGACUUGGCCUCCACAGCCAUCUGUGGCAAAGAGUUCCACAUUGUACCAAAGGCUGGGAUGUAAUCCCUUGUGUACAUCACAUUUUGAGAUUUAUAUAGACUCUGUUUUCACUUGAAUCAUUGUUUGCCAACUUGAAUGUAAUACUUUAAUGGUCAUUGUGACAUUAGCAGUUGGAGCUCCGGGUUAUUUUGUAUGCUCACCAGCAGUGCCUUGUUUGUGACUCUGUGUACCACAGAUCUACAGUCUACUACAAGUUUAAAACUAAGUUUUCGAAUGUCUAGGAUUUUUAAUUGCAAAAAGAUUACUGAAGUUUAAAAAAUAAAAUGUUUUAAGUAAAUUGGGCAGUCGGGUCCUUGAACAGCUGAAGCAGCUCAUAGGGCAACAAUCGCACAGAAACCGACAGGGAUAACGAAAUGCGAGCUAGCACCUUGUAGUCUCCAUAAAAAAGCAACGGUCAUCGGCAAUGUGAACGGCCGGAGUGGGGCUGGAGGUGUGGGUGGGUUUGUUGCAAUGAGGUGACUGACCUUUAUGUCCACCUGAAGAUGAUUGUGAAGUUGUCAGUCCGCACCUUCUGAUGUGAAGACUUCAGGGUGAGUGUGUCCUGCCCAUUACGUUGAGCACCGUUCAAGGUGCAUGUCGAUUGUUCGUUGAGCUGAGGGCCGUUGUGGGCAGUGGACAUUUGGCACGGCAGACUGGAGGUCAGGCCCUAACCCACCAGCCAUGGUAUCCCACCCAUACACCAGCAGGCAGCAUCUCUGGAGAGAAGGAAUGGGUGACUUUUCAGGUCGUGACUUAAGAAGGGUCUUGACCCGAGACAUCACCCAUUCCUACUCUCCAGAGAUGCUGCCUGUCCCGCUGAGUUACUCCAGCACAGUGUCUACGGUUUAAAGCAGCAUCUACAGUUCCUUCCCAUCCACCAGCACGUCUGUCCCAUUCUCAAGGCUAGCGUUGAGCUGUGAGGUUGGCAUACAUUCAGCUGUUAUGUACUGUAGUGUGUUCCUGCGCUUGUUUGCAAUGGACAGAGACAAGCAGAGGGUGGGAUGAGAGAGACGGCAUCCUGCCUAGUGUUAAUGCCCACUGGAGCACCAGGGCCAUCUAGUGGACAAGCAGUGACACACACAUCAAUGCCAGUGCUAAACCUCCUGUCCUUUCCCUCAGGAUAAUAUAUCUAUGCUUCUUCCAUGCUGCUGUGGUAUAAACUGUUGUUGCUUCUCCCAGCUGGUGUAAUUGCAAGAUGGCCUGUACCAAUUCCAGCGCUUACAUCCCCACAGCCGGUCAGUGUUUGCAAUCUGGAUCAUUUUCAUAUGAAACAAAUGUAAUUUACUCUUAAGAUAAUUCAUGCUUGGUGCUGGACUUUCUCACUUUCAUUUCAGCAUUCGCAAUCUGUUAAUAGAAGCGUCUCCCUGUUACUGGGAAUAUGCUCCACAAUGCCAGGGUUGGUGUUCUUAGUUGCUCUUUGGUGCUCUUUGCCUGCAGGAUAUGUGGGUGAGAAUGGUUUGCAAAGUGUUGUUGCCGUGUCCAUAACCAGGGCCCUGACUGAGGUGAGGGAGAGGUGAGGGGCAGAGUAUCAGCACCGUGGACAACCUAAUGCACCCUCGCUUGGUCUGUAUGUUCCUAGGGAGGUUUAGUUGCAAUACUGGUUGAACACUUGUAGAUAUCCCUCGCCUUCCAUUUGGUUCCUCUUAAUGCCUUAAAAUGCUAAAUGUUUGCACCUGCAUCUUCAAAGCCUCUUCUCUUCAUGGUUGGUUCUCUUCAGGCUGGUUGCUGUGAAUAUUUGGUGCAAAGUCCCUCUCCCAUCGUGAAAAUUCAGCCAGGAUGGUGAGGGAACUGUUGUGUUCUUCAAACAAUUGUCCUGAGAUAUAACCUUCCUAAAGGUGGCAGAGGCUGAUGUAUGUACUGUUAACUGCUCAAAUGAACAAGAUGCUGACCAGUUGCAAUUUGUACAGAUUAUAUUCCCCCUGAUAGACACAAAAAGCUGGAGUAACUCAGCAGGACAGGCGGCAUCUCUGGAUAGAAGGAAUGGGCGAGGUUUCGGGUCGAGACCCUUCUUCAGACUGAGAGUCAGGGGAGAGGGAGACAGAGAUAAGGAAGGGUAAGGUGUGAAAAUGAGACAUCAAAGAGGACGAAGGUCAAGAAUAGAUCAUUGUUAGCUGGGGGAAGCUGACAACGAAGAGUACAUAGAUAAAAUAUAAUCAGGCGGACAGUCAGACUGGUCUGAGAACGAGAGGGGAGAGAUGAAGAGAGAGGGAAAGCAAGGGUUAAUUGAAGUUAGAGAAGUUAAUAUUCAUACCGCUGGGAUGUAAGCUGCCCAAGAGAACCUGACAUUGCAAGAGGCAUCAGUGUAUCUUGAGAGAUCCCACCUCCCAAUCCAUUGCCACAAACUGCACACACAGUAAAUAUCUAUCUGCUCGGUGUAGUAUUUUCCAUUGUCAGAGCUGCAUCUCACUCAGAACACGGCUACAGAAUGUUGCCAGCCAAGGACUACAUCUUUUCAUAAUUUUUUAUAUUAAAGUGUUCUGAAAAGACUGAAGCCGUUUAAUGCAAAAUGUUUAAAACGUUUAUUUUUUACUUAAUAAAAAAAAAAACCCCAACGGUGCAAAUCGUAGAAAUGCCAUUUAAACCACUACUCCUGAAAAAUAUUGCAGGAAACUUUUCCGUGGAACUGUAAACUUAUUCCCGAGGGGAUUUGUAUAAUCCCAGUGCCUUGGGUACCUAAUGUGAUAAAAUAAACUCCCACUCAGGACCAGAACGUUGGAGGAAUCACCUGCAGUGCUGUCCUUUCACACACCAUGUUGCAAAUGUGCCAUUGAUUCCCAGUGUUGCCAAAUACAGACACAUAAUUCUCCACACUCAUUCCAGUCUGUAACUCUCAUCAUUCCAGGACAACGGGUUGCUCUUCCUGCUCUGCAUCUCAAUGUAUUCAGUGAUGCUCUUUGUGUGGAGAACAUUUUUGAGGUGUUGAGCAGAAGUUGCCUGAACUCAAGCUCCUUAGCCACAGAGCCAUUGACAAAGACUUGUAUUGAUGGGGGGGGG